GACGCUGAUUGGCAACAACAUAAGCACAGAAGACGGAAGCUGGGGAAGACGGAACUUCGAAACGCACAUUGGCACCUUAAUUAGAAAGACGCUAACAAUUACACUAAAGUGAAGUUACUAAAGAAAGAACCGAGUAAUCUUUCGCGUUUUUAGAUUCAAGUGAAGACUGUAAGAGUAGUGGUUUGUUAAGGGGAAAUAACUCCACGUAUCGGCUCAGAGUUCUGUCAGGUCAACAGAAAGUGAAAGUAAACGCUUAUCAUCAUCAUGGCGUCUGCGAUGGACGAGGAUAUUACCGACAGACCUUCUCUUCUCGAGUCUGAUCUCACCUGCCCGGUGUGUCAGGAUCUUUUCCAAAACCCUUUGCUACUCUCAUGCGGUCACAGUUUUUGUACUAAUUGUCUUGAGUCCAGCUGGAAGCAAAGGCGCGGGAAGACGUGUCCCGUGUGUCGGAAGAACUGCGAGGGGGAGACGCCGAUCCCGAACCGCGCCCUGAAGAGCACGGCCGAGUCUUUUCAGAAAGAGAGAGGAUGGCGCAUCACAAGCGCUCCUCCUGUGAUCUGCGGCUUACACCAGCGCGACCUCCAGCUCUACUGCGUCCAUGAUGAGGAGCCCAUAUGUGCGGAGUGCGUCGCCCUGCACUCAAGCCAUGACGUCAGACCUGUAGACCAUGGAGUCAAGUACUGCCAGGAAAUGCUCAACUUUAAAAUCAAGAUACUUGCUGAUAAAGUGGAGUCUUUUAAAAGGGUGAAGAAACGAUGUGCCGAUACAGUCAAUUAUAUUCAGAGACAGUCAGAGGAAGCUGAGCGGCAAAUCAGACAGGAGUUCGAGAGGCUCCAUCAGAUCCUAAAAGAAGAAGAAGCUUCCAGAAUUGAAGCCCUGAAGAAAGAAGAGGAGCAGAAGAAAAAGAUGCUGAAAGGGAAGAUUGAAAGCAUCGAACAAGAUAUCACCUCUCUCUCUGCACUGAUUCAGUCAGUGACCAAAGAGAUGGAUGCAGAGGAUUUGGUUGUCCUACAAAAAUACCAGAAUCUUAAACAAAGGGCACAGUGGACUGAUGAAGAGUCCCAUAGGUUUCCUCCUGGAGUUCUCAUCAACGUGGCCUUUCAUGUUGGAGCACUAGAUUACAAAGUUUGGGAGAGCAUGCGGUCUCAGGUUAAAUGUUUUCCAGUGCUGAUGGAUCACAACACAAUUUCACCAUGGCUCUUCUUGUCUCCCGACUACGCAAGUGUAAAAGAGAACACAGAGAGGCAGUCGGUCCCAGACAACCCUGAACGCUUUGACCCCUGCGUCUUUGUCCUGGGCUCGGAAGGUUUUGGGUCUGGGCGUCAUCGCUGGGAGGUCAAUGUAGGGGACAAUCCAAAGUGGGUCCUCGGAGUGUGUAAGGAGUCUGUGGCCCGCAAGAGGAAGUUCACAGUGACAACAUCUGGAGGCGUUUGGAGCAUCGGCUUAAGUAAAGGAGUGUACAGCGGUCUGACUUCACCUCGCACCGUCCUAUCUGUUGAAAAAAGGCCAGAGAUAAUCAGGGUGAAACUCAACAUGGACAAAAGCGAGGUGUCCUUCUGGGAUGCAGUCACUGGGGCACACCUCAUCACCUACAAUGACAAAUUUUCUGAGAAGCUCUUCCCUCUCUUUGGCCCUGGGCUCCACAAUACUCCUAUGGCAAUCCAGCCUGCCAAAGUCACCAUCCAUAAGUAGCACUAAUAUGCACGGGGGUGUAAUAAUGCAGUAUGACAUACCGUAUUAUUUAAUACGUGGCUUUUAAUUUUAUACGAUUGCAUCUGUACCAGUAUCACAGAGAUGGAGAGACGGUUUCUCUCUUGAUCAGAGCACUACUGUGUAAUUAGACGUGUUAAAUUCAGUUAUGUUCGAGUGCACAGCUUGUGUUAUGUUUUGUGCUGCUAGAGUCUGCUCACUUUAGCUCUUUGAAUCGCAGCUGAUGCUACUUCCAUUGCUGGGAGCGAAUUGGCUGUGUUCUUAGGGUGGAGAGAUGGCAUACAUGUACACCACAUCAAUCAUAGCACUGUGAGUCAUGGGUGUCUCAGAGCUCACAUGGGCAGAGAGGGGGUGAUGGCAAAUAGCACUUUUUACAAAGUGUCUUAUGUUGCCCCCUAGCAAUCAGUUCAAAAACGUGUUCAGCUGGCAUCUUGUGUCUGAGAGGAAAGAUCUGAUAGCACAUGGUUGGGAGCUGUUUUUAAGUCUGUCUUAAAUCAAAAUUGAGGCACCUAUAGUAAAAGUACAUUACCAUAUGAUUAGGUCCUUAUAAAUCUUUCUUCUUCAAGGUCACUAUGCAGAGGAGAAUUUUUUUUUAGCUAAGACCUAGUGUAAUGUACUUUUAUGUUCCUUAGUUUUGAUUUAAGUGAGACUUGAAAAAACCUAAACUGUCCUAUUAAUAGGGGAGUGCCCUGAACAUGGGUGGGAAUUGUCCACAAUUAAAUUAAGGAGUAUAUUGGAGAAAAUAUCAAAAGCAGAACAAAAAGUCUGCUCACACAAGCAUUGUGUCAAUAUAAUGUUUCACUGCAUUUUCAAUGCUUGAAUAUCCACUUUAUUAACAAUGAAGUCAUAUCAAGAGAUCACUCUGUCAUAUUGUAUUUAGAUUUUGUACAUUGUUACACCCCAGAGCAAAAGUAUUAGGUAUGUAUGAGCAUAAACCAGAGUUAGUCUUGUAUUUUGCAUCAUCACAAUGGUAUCGAUUUAUUUGAUCGUUAAUUUGAAAGACAGUUACUGAUUAUCGAUUGAUAUUGAUAUUGAUCGGUGGCUGAUCGAUCAAAGCACCCUUAAAAGAAAUUUUUGGAAUGUUACUACAGAGUCUUAAAUAUGGUUGAAGCUGUUAUAGUUGCAAUUAUGCAAUUUAGCAAGGUUGUUUAUUUGUAUUUUAUUUUAUUUUUUUCUGGUAAAUGUAUUAUCACAGAAUUCUGUGAGAAGUCUUGAGCCUCGAUCAUUUCUUCAUGUUUUGCUUUUAAAAAGCCACACAUUCUUAUAUAUUUUUAAUGUAUUCUUGAAUAGUUUUUCAGGCUGCUCAUAUUUGGCAAGUUUUGGGCUCUAAUUUUCAGUCCCUGUACCCGACCAGUUUCAGAGGAAUGUUUUGUUUGUUAAGCCACACAAUGAUUUAUGUAGAACACCUGGAGGAAAACCUAUGAAUAAUUCAAGCAUAAAAAACAUCAGGCAUUAACCAGUGAGAAACAGGUGCAGAUAAUGCCAGAUGAUUAGACCGGUGAUUAGUAUACUGGUGAUGCUGAAUUCAGAGUGGUUGGAACAGACAAGAGGGGAAAUGAGGUUGCUGCUGAGGUUACAUAAACAACUAAUUUUUAAACACUUUGCUCUCUGUCACAGUAAACCAUUUGGUUCCAUUUCUUUAAUUUAAUCUGUAUUAUUUAAUUUAAAAAGAAGAAAUGGUCAGGGUGACCCAAGACUUUUGCACAGCACUGUAACAUUUGAUAUUAAUCUUAUUACCAACCUAACAGCCUUUUUUCUUCUUCUCUUUCCAUCUUCUCUUUCUCACCCUCUUUUUUGCUUUACAUUCUCCUUUUUAAUCUUUUUUCAUUAAUUUUCCAUAUCCUUCCUUUUCUCUUCCUUCCUGUAAAUGAAUUUAUUUACAUUGUUCCUCUGAUUCACAAAUGUUAAAAAUUAACUAACGACUGAUGAAAAAUUAACUGAUUUAUUUUUAAUGUGCCUUAUGAACCAAAGCUUAUUAAUGGAGGCAUAAUUUUAUGAUUUGAUAUGUUAUAAAAUGUAUUGAAUUAUGAAAACUGAUCUGCACUACCUAAUUAUCAAAACAUUAAGGCAAGAGUUUCAUUAUUUAUAAAUAAAACUCUCUGGCUGCCCUUUUCAUUGACCCGCAGUCGUAACCUUCAACCCACCACUAAUAAGAAAUUUUUGUUGUGUUAAUGAUUUAAAGAAACUUGGAAUUUAACUGUAUUUACAGUGUUAUUUUUCACAUGGUAGUCCUGAGAGCAGUAGGCUAUGCAACCUAAAUCAGAGUUGGCUAUAAAUAAAAAAAUAUAUAAAUAAAAUAACUCUGUCUUUGAUUA